AUGUUUAAGGAUAUACAAUUCAAUCAAAAUGAUGAUGAUAGCAAUGAAAACACUAAAAACAAUCACAAUAAUAAUAACAUAGUUGAGCCAUGUUCAUAUCCGUGUUCAUCAUCCUCUUCAACUAAUAUAGGACCAACUGAUGUACGAACUAGUAACAAUCCUCAAGCACGUGGGAAAACAGUUCGUUUGCUCGUACCAGAACAUGAGGGGAAUGAAAUUAAGCCUAGUGAUGAAUUACAACAGCAUCAUGAUAGAGAACUGGACGAAGAAGAAUUACCCGAGUUCCAAAAAAGACCUUUAAGUGAUACACCCAUGCAUUCACAAUGGAAUUCUCCAACAAUAACACCAGAACAAUCAUCUUCUAAUUUACUGGCUACUGCUGAUGAGCAAGCUUUAAUUACUGAAUCAGAAACAGAAGACGAUAACAGUUCAUCUCAUGCAAAUAAAAAGAACCUGUCCCAAUUUCUUAAACCAAUGGUCCCAUCGGCGGAUACUGCACAUAGUCCCAAUAGUACUGGUUCUUUAUCUCAUACUAGUAUUCCUCGCCAUCAUGCUACCGCCACAUUGGAUGUGCCCGGUUUAACUAAAUCCAAGACUAGUCCAGAUGGUACUAUUUCUUCCAAAGAUCCUGCUUCCAAAUUGGUGAUUAUUAUGGUUGGACUACCGGCUACGGGUAAAUCGUUUAUCACAAACAAAUUGUCCAGGUUUUUAAAUUUUAGUAUGUAUGAUUGCAAAGUUUUCAAUGUGGGAAACACUAGAAGAGAAUAUACCAAGAAACACUCAAAUACCACGCCAAAUCAGGACUCCAGUUUCUUUGAUCCUACCAAUCCUUCUGCCACUAAAUUAAGAGAUAAAUGGGCUAUGGAUACGUUAAGUCAGUUAUUGGACUAUUUAUUAUUAUCAUCACCUGGCGGGUCAGUGGGUAUAUUUGAUGCCACAAACACUACCAAGGAAAGAAGAAAACAUGUGAUUAAAACAAUAAGGAAGAGAUCAGGUCUAUUAAACGUACUAUUUUUGGAGAGUGUUUGUUCUGAUACCCAAGUUGUUGAAAGAAAUGUUAGGUUAAAGUUACUGGGACCCGAUUAUAAGGGGAAAGAUAUGGGAGCUUCGUUAAAGGAUUUUAAACUAAGAUUAACCCAAUACUCCAAAGCUUACGAGACUGUGGAGGAUGAUGAAAAUAUACCGUAUAUUAAGAUGAUUGAUGUAGGGAAAAAAAUUAUUUCUUACAAUAUACAAGGAUUUUUAGCAUCUCAAACUGUUUAUUAUUUGUUAAAUUUUAAUCUUUGUGACAGACAGAUUUGGAUUACCAGAAGUGGUGAAAGUGAAAAUAACGUAUGGGGACGCAUUGGUGGAGAUUCUGUUUUAACACCAAGAGGCGUAAAGUACUCCAUUGCAUUAACUAAAUUUAUUCGAAAGAAAAGGUAUGAAUUUAAUCAGACUUUGCUUAAAGAAAACAAAGUACAAAGUGAAGAGGCAAAACAAGAGGCUAAUAGCGGUAACGUUCCACUGGACGAACAAACGUGUAAAUAUCUAGUGAAGGAGGAAAACAAUGUAAAUAAGGAAUUUUUUGUUUGGACAUCAAUGUUGAAACGUGCCAUCCAAACAGCCAAAUUUUUCGAUGAAGAUGAAUUUCCAAUUAAACAAAUGAAAAUGUUAGACGAAUUAAGUGCGGGUGAUUUUGAAAAUUUAACUUAUGAGCAGAUAAAAGAAGAAUUUCCUGAGGACUUUAAAGAAAGAUUGAGUGAUAAAUUGAGAUAUAGAUAUCCUGGUAUUGGUGGUGAAUCUUAUUUAGACGUUAUUAAUAGAUUAAGACCUGUUAUUACCGAACUGGAAAGAAUUACUGACAACGUUUUAAUUAUAUCGCAUAGGGUGGUUGCGAGAGUUCUAUUAGGUUAUUUUUUAAAUUUGAGUAGAGAUAUAUACACCAAUUUGGAUGUGCCAUUGCAUUCCGUCUACUGUUUAGAAACCAAUCCCUUUGGAGUUACCUGGAAAUUGUACGAGUAUGAUGAGAUAAUGAAUGAUUUCAGAGAAAUACCACAAGAUGAAUUGAAUACAAGGACGGUUCAACAAAUUGGAUUGGUUCAUUCUGAAAGAAGGUAUAGCGUGGUACCAACUGCCCCUAAAUCAUCGUCGAACAAAGAUGUAGAGAGCAAUAGUUUUGAGGAAUUUAGACGCAACAUGAGGUCACCUACCCACAGUGAUACAAAGGCUGUGACUUCUAAGUUUCCCUCUGCAAGACCCACUUCACCAUCCCGUACUGAAGAAAAUUCUGAUAAUGCUGGAGUUGGCAAUGUCAAUGGCCAAGCCAUGGAGAUUCCAAUGUCUUAUUCGUUAGCAAAAUCUUUCUCUACGGGUACAUCCAGAGCAAUACCAGAAAAUUCAAUUAUGAGUUCUUCAAAUAAUUCAUUGAUGCAUUCUAUCAAUAAUAAUAAUUUCACAGUUGGUUCUUUAAAAUUCGCGACAAACAACAACAGCAACAACAACAACAACAACAACGAUAAUAAUAAUAAUAAUAAUAAUAAUAAUAGCGGUGUGGUACCUCGUUUAAAACAGCUAAGCAAUUGUUCGAUUUCCUCGCCUAUAAGCGCUGCUGCUAGUAUCAGUAAUGGUUUUAAUGAUAAUUUUUAUAACAAAAAUAGUAGUAGCGAUGCCAGAUCCAAUUCUGGAUAUUCAAUUGAGAUGGAUAUUUUAAAUGAAAAAUUGAAGAAAUUGAAAUAUAUUAAUAGAGCAGAUGAUAAUGAUGAAUCUGAUGACGAUGGUAAUAUAAGUGAUGAUGAAAGAGAAUGA